AUGGAAACCAUGAAUGUCAAUGAUAUCUAAACCUGCGAUCAUAAUGAUUACGUAGUCUACUGUUAGAAUCACGAGAAAAUUCUCUGUCUAGAAUGCGCUUUAAGCGAUCACUAGAAUUGUGGAGGUUAAAAGGCUAAGACUCUUAAGGUUGCUGCUCAAGAGCAAGUCUAAAAAUUUGAGGAAAUUCUUCAAGUUUGCAAAGACCAUUAGAAUUAAUGCGCUCUAAUGCAAUAGAGGGUUGCUAACCAAGUAGGUCUUGAGGAAGAGAUAUUACAGAAGGUUGAGGAGUAGUACAACAACUUGAAGAAUAUUAUUGACGAGUAGAAAGACAAUGCCAAGAAUAUUAUCAGGAACCUCGAAAGUGUGUAGAAUUAUAAGCCUCCCCCACAAAAUUUUACUAUCUAAACUCUGGAUAACUUAAACUAAUUCUCAGGUGAGGUGGAGAAAAAUAUCGGCUAGAUGAAGUCAUUUAUCUAGUAAUCAAAGUAUUUGGAUAUUCUAAGACAUCGAAAAAUAAUAGAUGAGUAUCAAAAUCAGUUAGGGUAGCACAAAGUCAAGAUACUUCAGCACAACUCCUUCUUCUAAGAGAAUUCAAGGCCCAACAUUCAAGUGAAAAGUGAGGUUGACAAAUUCAGAGGUUUCCUGCAUGAUGUGAUUAGUUUCGAGCCCGAUUAUAUCCUAGCUCCAAUGAGACCAAGACUCCACUACUUUGAUGAGGAUAGCAGGAAGUUCUAUAUUCACGAGCUUCAAAGCCAGACUACUGAAGGUAUUUAAGUGAGAAAUGCUGAUAAACUACCAACAGAGUUUACCUCAAUCCAAGCUCAAAAUAAGAUAUUCAUUAUUGGAGGAGAAAAGAAGGAUAAUGACAUUAGAUGCAUUUAUUCCAAUGAAACUUUCGUAUUGAAUGAGCAAACAUACGAAGUAGUUCCUAGAGCUUCUAUGAGAAAUGCUAGGUCUGGACAUCAACUUGCUCAUCUGCAUAGAAAAUUUGAAUACCAAACAAAGGACUAUAUUUACGCUAUUGGAAGCAAAUACCCUGACGAGACUAGUAAGAAGUGCGAAGUUUAUGAUAUAUCAAAGAAUAAAUGGACUGAAAUUGGAGACUUGCAAUAGUCAAGACACUACCAUUCAGUGACUGUGCUUGAGAACAGAUAUUUGUAUGUGAUUGGAGGUAGAGAUAGCUUAACUGAGAAUCCAUUGGACUCAAUCGAGAGACUUGAUGGUUUCUAAAGUCUAGAAAACUAGAGAUGGGAGACUAUCCAAGUUAUUAACAAGGAAAUGCACUGGACUCCAAGAGAUACCUUAGGUUCAUUUGCUCUUAGCGACUCAGAAAUACUUAUAUUUGGAGGUGACUAUGGCUGGAUCUCAGAUUGCUUUACUUUCAAUGUAAAGAGCAAUGAAAUCCACAAGUGCGAGUGCACCCUAAAAAAGCCAGAGGAGUUUUUCAGAAGUCAAGCAGUAAAGUAUAAUGACAAGGUGUUUGUAAUUGGCAACCUUGACAAAGAUGUUCAUGUCUACUCUCUUAAAGCUCAAAAGUGGUUCUUAUUAGACAAAUGGUUUGUUGAAUGGUGA